UCGGAAGUGACUCUUCGCACUUGGCAUGCAGAGGCGAUAGGGGCAGAAGAAGAAGAAGAAGAAGAAGAAGAAGAAGAAGAACAGAGACUGUCUUGCGCUAACACGUCGCUGACUGAGUUGAGAGAUAUCUUCUCAUCUUGUCUCAUUCUUUUCAUUCCUUGUUGAGACUUUCUUGUCCAAAUGGUACAAGCAAGUAGGAACGUGAACAUCCAUGAGCCAGCCAGGGAUUUGAGCUCCUUCAAGCUCAAGAGCAAAGAUCCUCGAAGAUCGAUGUUUGUAAACAGCCUAGCGCUUGCCGCUUCAUGUAUUGUCUUCGCUGCUGCCCUGCUGAUGCUCGUUUCGUCUCCCGGGAGACCGGAGGAGCCGAACUCACGGGUCAAGUCAGUGCUCCUCCAGCAUGCGGUCACUCAGAAGUUGGAGCAAGAGAACAAGUGCGACAGCGCGUGCCAGCAGAAGAAGCAGAUGGUGGCAGCCGAGAUGAAGCAACUGCGCGAGCAGAUCAAGCAUGAUUAUGAUAGCAUGGUCACCUUCGGAAACAAGGCCGGGUACGUACCUCCCGUUCGCUCCAUCAAGGAACAGGUCAUGGAUGGAACCCUCCUGGGGGGCAGUGAUGAUGGUCCUGCUGCUCCUCCUCCUUUCGACCCCAAGCUCGCUGCCAAGCCCGGCAAAGCCUUCGGGGCUGCCAACAUGAAGAAGCUCCUUGCAUCGCAGGAGCCUCAUUCCCAGGCAAGAUCGAGAAGAUCCUCCUCCUCCUCCUCCUCUAUCCUACCUCCCGUUCAAUCUCCGGAUGACGUCGCCAAGAAAUUCCUUCAGGACGUUCCAUCAUCCAAGUCUAGC